GGAGGCAGGCGCGUUCCAGAUGAAAACAAGCCAGCUAUGCUUCCAGCUGGGCUGACUUGCUUCCGUCUUAUACCAAACCACUUCGUUGCUGUCGCGUAAUGCGCAUCUAUCCCUAUCUUUGAUCGCAUCACCCAGCCAACACCAUGGCGCCAGUCGACACCGUCGCAUCCACGCGCAGCAACUCGCUCCCCAUCGCCCUUUUCGGCGGCCAAGUACUCCUCGUCACGGUACUCACAGCUCGUGUGCUUCUCACUACUCGACGCGCCGCCAAAUCGCAGCCGCCGUCAACACGCACGCGCUCACAAGACUCCGCUCGCCGUCGUCAUGCCGUUACCUUCUCUAUCAUUGCGCUCCUCUCACUGCUCUCGGUAGGAAGCUUCGCCUUCCUCUGGCGCGCCAUCUCGUACGUUCGGUGGGCUGGAGAGAAUAAACAUGACAUUCCAGGCAGCCUGUGGAGCGGCUGGUACGGCACUGGAGCGGAAGGGCGCUGGUACCUGGCCGACUGGAUCGCCGACAUAGAUCUGGUGCGCGAAUUCGACAAGGUCGGAAUUAUGAAGCCUGAAGGAUUCCUCUAUACCAGCCAGUAUUUUGUUGGACUAAUUGCAAGCUCCAUCUUUAUGGGCGCCGAGGGUCGCAGACGCAAUCUUUCCAACACGACAAUCGCCUCGUUUGUGCUACUGAGCUCAAUCGGGAGUUUAGGGUAUGCCUUGAGCUUGUUCUUCAUCACAAUCCUGUACACGCCUUUGACUAUACACCGCGAUGAUACUCCACUACACGAUGCGUUGUUCACCCCAUAUGCCUUCGUAUACGACACCGGCAUUGUUGCGUCGCUCAUCACGCUUAAUCUCUUCCCCCAACUGGUUUCCGAGUUCGGCGACAAGAGCAUGAUGCGACUGGGUUAUCUGACCAUGCCUUUGGCCUUUGCUUUUGCCCCGCAACUGGUCCCUUACGCUCUGGGCCACCAGCAUACGUCCAAGGCAGCGGCUCAUAGAUCAUACGCCAAAGUCUUCCACGCGCUGUCAAUAGCCUCUAUUCUCGUAUACUGGCGUGUAUGGACCACUCUGAUCUAUGUCAACAGACCCGCCCAGCGCUCUCAUGUUUGGGAUCUCUUCUCCAACUCUAUCGGCAACAGCGAUUCGGCAAAUACGAACAGGCUUCUCACCAGCAUCAGCAACGCUGGCCAGGCUCUAAAGCAUAUCAGUAUGCACCCGGCUAUCAGUGUCACAAGCCUUGAUGUUCUCUUCGCAGCCAUCAGCUUGCUGACGUGGACCUUCACCCGCGACUUAGAUGUGCAUGCUAUCUUGGAAAGCAGCAUACUGUCUUUCCUUGUUCCGACUCACGAGAAACAUGUUAGCUUCAAGCAAGACCUGGCCAGAGUUAUGGAGCACGCAAGCGAGCCAUCGUCGCCUGUAGAACCCACAACACCGAGAAAACCGGGACGUCCCGCUAAGAAUUUGGCUGUCAACGGUACAUCUAGUGCAACGCAUUCAGGACCGACAGGUGCACCUCUGCGGCGCAGCACAAGGGGGAAAGCGCGUAUCUCGGAUGCGGAUUCAGACGCAGGCUCGUUCGCUGGUGAUCCUGAUGCUACCUACCAACCAUCCGAGAAGACCAAGCGAGCGGUGCAGGAAAUGGAAUCGGACGGCUCUGCGCCUGAGGGGGAUCUGGUUCACGCUGGCGAGUCAACUGCACUAGCCCUGUUUCUUGCCUUCUUCGGCGGACUGGGUCAGUUAGCUGCGGGCACUCUAGGUGCCGAGGUGACAGGCCCGCGGGACUGAAAUAGUCGACGUACUUGGUAUCAUCCGACCGGAAAUGAGGGAUGCCAUUUUACUUGUUGGAAUGAAGAUCAUAUUCAGGUAGACCUACGGGCUUCUGGUGUACGGAGAUGUGGAGAACGGAAAUAAUGGCUUUGGAUCUUUGCGUUCGUAUUCCCAGGUUGGAUUUUAGGUGUGGGUGUAUGAAGUCAGCAUGUCUCACAUGCACUUCGCCCAGCAACACUUAGGGCCGGAGCGUCGGGUAGUUUUUGAUAUUGCUUUUGGUAUUCUAAUGAUGUACGAACAUAGCGAGAAGCGUCGUGCACAAUACAUGAGUUGAUGAGCAAGUUUAGGACCACACGUAUAUUGAUGUCUCGUUGAGAUUACUCGUACAUAUCUAUCUGCUUCAUCAGAUGCUAAAGGGGAUGUGACGCUGGUAUCAAUGACGCUGGGGAGCGUUCCUGGAACGUCGUGUAACCUUGCUGCUG